GUGAUUGCCACAGAAGUUGCAUAGGGCAAAUUUGUUGUGUGGAAGAAGGAGAAACGUGAUGUGAGAAAUCCAGUAACUAGACUUUGCUGGACGUGUGUAAAUUUAUAUUUCAGAAUUGGAACUGUUGCAGCCACGGCCCUUGACGUUUUCUGGACAAGUAGUACCAGUAGGUGGAGAGUAACAAGUUGAUUUUGGCGACACUGGUUUACUACCAAAAGCUGUACGAAGAAUUCUGCCCAUCCUUCACCAAAGAAGCUGGCUUUCAGAGAUUAUCCAGCACAGUGUAAUCCUGAAAUACAUGAGCCACAUGACCCAGUCUGUUGUUAUGGGUGUUAUUAAGUAAAAAUAGCCAUAUCAUCUCUAGUGAUGAUGUAGGAUUUCCCAUAUUGAAGAUCUGCCUCAGUUUCAUUUCAGCUGGUGCACCUUUUCGUCAGUUGAAGCUCACGGAAGUAUGGGGCAUGGUUCGGAUGUCAAAACAAAAAUCCAUCACUUGAGGCAGAUAUGCAGAAUAUGGGCAGAACGUGCUGGCUGCCUCAGUCUGUUAGAAAAAGGUGUAGAUGUCCUUCAUGCUUCAUACAGACUCUGUUCAGAUCAUUUUCAUGAUGCUUCGUACACUUCCAGUAACAAAAAGAGGCUUUCAGUCCAUGCUCUUCCAGAAAUAUUUCCUGAACCGUCUGAAUGUUCAGAAGCUGAAGAUGAAAAUUUUCGCACGUCCUUGGAAUGUGGGGAUGGAGCAAGUUUAAAAUUAUAUGAUUUACCAGAAGUGCACUCUAAUCUUCUCUGUCGUACAUGCGCGUAUCCAAGCGAAGAAUUGAUCCCAGUGUUUGGAGACAAAGGUUUAGAACUACAACUGCUUGAAAAAAUACAUACACAUCUACCUGUAAUGGUAACUCCAGAAGAUUUGUUGCCAAUUUCUGUUUGCUCAUCUUGCAUCUGGAAGCUUGAAAUGUGCCAUGAAUUAGUUCAUACAUGCUUGGAGGCAGAUGCAAAGUUGAGAGCAGUUGUCGGCUUGGAGAGUAAUAAUGAGGGACUGUACAGUGAUGAAUAUGGUGUAGAAUCCCAGUUUGAUCUUGUCCAUGAUGCUUCAUCUGGGAUCAAAGACGAACCAGACUGUGAUGAAGGGGCAUGUACACUGGAUGACUUAGCAAAUCAGCAGCAGCAGCAACUCAAUAGUGUUGGCUAUGUUCAGCAUGCGGAUGAAGCACAGUCUUCCUAUCAGACAUUUGGUUUUAUUAAUUUCAAACAGGAAACAGUAGAAGGUGCAACUGACCAUCAGUUUUACAACGCAGAAACUUAUAAUUUGUGCAAUGCGCAUGUGCCAGACAGUUCUGGUGAUAUUCAGCAUUACGAUCAAGCCAGUGAACAUACAUAUAAUAUAGAUGAGCAAGAAUAUGCAGUUGAUAAACAUCUUCAGUACCAUAACAGUGAUCAUGUCAAGGAUGUGAUAAAAGAGAAUCCAAAAUUUAAAGUUAUUAUUGUUAAAUUGAAAACUGGUACAAAUAUGAAAGGAGAUUCUCAGACAGAUGAAACAGUAAAAGUUCUGAAGAUUGUACAAACAUCACCUGCUGUUACUUCAGAUAAGAAAGCAUGUGAAGAGCAGCAACAUCCACAGGAACAGGACACUGAAUGUGCUGAUGGCCAUGUGAAUGAGUUAUCUUUAGAGCUUCCUGGGCUGCUAUCUUCAAGCAAAAAAUCUUCUAAUGUAGAAGGUGUAUCAAGAGUUGUUUUUAACAAGACCGAGAUGUUGGGUUGUUCAAGUAAUAAUGUUUUGGAUAAAAUUCCUGAUAACUCUUCAAGAGAAAGCACGGCAGAUCUUGCCUGUGCCCAUUUUGAGCAGAGUGUAUCCUGCGAGAGGAAUUUGUUCAGUGAAGAUAAUUUUGCAUCAGAUCAAACAACUGUUGUUUGUGAUGAAACAUUGCAUUGUGCUGAGUGUGGUAUUGUUUAUGCAUCUCAGCAAUUGCUGGAAAAGCAUAAAAGAAUUUGUUCCAAUAAAUCAGGUUGUAUGUCAGUUUCUGAAAACACUUUCCUGAAUCACAAAGACCCUUCAUUACAACCUGUUGUUUUCUUGGAAAGACUCGAAUUAUUUUCAGAAAAUGACAACAAACUUAAAGUUGUGGAAAACACACACAAUAUUCAUGUAUGCCCAGAAUUUCCAGCAAAGUCUCACACUGAAUGUGCUUUGGUAUUACCAUUACCUGAAAAUGCACAGACCGACCUAGCUUCUUUGGAAACGAGUGUCCUAAAUAAAAGUAAAGGGAAAAAUGAAACUGAAAUUAUUGAAACAUUCGAUAGUCAUGUUACUCCAGGAAAGAAUAUAUUAAAGCAAUCAUGGGCUGAAAAUAAUUCAGAAUUAUGUAAAAAAUUUGAAACCACACAUAGAAGUGAUACAGCUAAGAUAAUUGAAAACAUUAACAAUAUAAUUAAAAGAAAUGAAGAAAUCUUGUCAGAAACUGCUACUGCAAAACUAGAAAAAUCAGUCUUGUCAAAUAAGGAGUUAAUAGAGAAGGUAGUAAAACAGAAACCUAAAUAUGUGCCGCAAAUCAAAUUUGAGAAAGUCCAUAAGUUUUGGAAAUGCCUACAGUGCUUCAUUGUUUUCAAUACAGAAAGAGCAUUACAUGACCAUAUCAGAUUAAAACAUCCAGUGAUACAUAAAUGCCAGUUCUGUGAUAAACAGUUUGUUUCAAGGUGGAGAUUCAAACAACAUACGUCUGUACAUACUCAAGAAAAACAGUACAUGUGUGAGUUUUGUGGGAAACAUUUCCGUUUAAAGCGCUCCCUUCAUAGCCAUUUAUUGUUGCAUAACACAGAAGGGAACAAGUUCAGAUGUCAGCAGUGUCAGAAGAACUUUGCAACUAAAGAGAGAUAUACAAUACAUUGCAUGAGCCAUGACAAAGCUUCGUACCUGUGUGAUGUAUGUGGAAAGAGUAUGAAAUACUUCAACAGCCUGAGGGUGCACAGGCGGACGUGCAUUGAUCCUGGUCUGGCACAGCAGCUUUGUUGUACAAUUUGUGGAAAAAUGUAUCGGGACAAGCGUGGCUUUACAGAUCAUUUGAGGUUACACACCAAUGAACGGCCUUUUGUCUGCGCACAGUGUGGUGAUUCUUUCCGUAUGAAAUUUCAGCUGUCAUACCAUAUGUUGCGUCAUACUAAUGCUCGUCAGCACAAAUGUCCGGUGUGUGGGAAAGGCUUUAAUCAUCGUCAGCAUAUGAGGGUACAUGUUCUACUACAUCAGCAGCCCUGCAAAUAUAUAUGCGAUGUAUGUGAGUGUACUUUUGUGUAUAUGAGAGAUUUUAAUACCCACCGAAGAAAUCAUACUAAAGAAGAAAUUGAAAGAGCCUCAAAGUGUAAAAGAGAUAGUGAAGCUCCUGUAAAGUUAACACGUUAUAUAUGUCAAAUAUGUGGAAAGCAUUUAUCCAAUCGUUUCACAUUGAAGAAUCAUAUGAUGACACAUACAGAAGAGAAGCCAUUUUCAUGUGAAACAUGUGGGAAAAGCUUUUCACUUACAUCAAAUCUGAAAGUUCAUCAGCGCAUACAUAGCAGUGAUAAACCAUUCACAUGUGAUGUAUGUGGGAAGAGAUUUGCACUCAAGAUACGGUUACAAUCCCAUCAGUUUGCACAUACUGGUGAGAAACCCUACCAAUGCCAUUACUGCAGUAAGAGAUACUCAUUCAAACAAAAUCUUAUCAUCCAUGAGAGAAUGCACACGGGUGAACGGCCUUUCAAAUGUUGUGUAUGCAGUAAGGGCUUUCGUUCCCAGAGUAGCCUUAAGGUACAUGCCCUGGUUCAUUCAGACCAACGGCCAUUUCAGUGCAUGCUUUGUGAUAAGAGUUUCAAACGACGAGAUAUUCUUCAUACUCACCAGCGUAUACAUUCAGGAGAAUGUCGCUUUUUGUGCAAUGUUUGUGGUCGUGGUUUUAAGCAGAACGGAGACUGUAAAAAACAUGAACGAACACAUUUUAAAAGUGACAAUAUUCAAAACACACUAUCUCUAAGAUUAUGUACAGUUGCUACAGAAGGGAACAAUAUGGUAGAAAAAUUAAUAUGAAUUGUGUACCAGCAUUAUUUUAUCACUUUUGCACCUAAAUAAAAUAGUCAUAGUGUGUAAUACAGAAGUGCAGUUCAAUUCAAAGGAAUGUUUGUAGUCAUGUCAGUAGAGUACCAUUUCUGGUCUUUUCCAUCUUUUGUACAAAAGUAAUAUGCUAAUGUUAUAAUCAUGUCCAUAUGUCUAUCCCCUAGUAACUUUUGAACCAAUAUAUAGAUUUUAAUUAAAAUUGGUAUGAACUUUGUACUUAUGAAUUUUACAGUAUAAGUAAUAUCAGUAUGGUAACCAUGCAAAUUUGUGAGGUGAAAAUGACAAUGUAGUGUCUUUAAAUUCUAUAUGGUAAUAGAUCUUCACAUUUGGAGAGUAUCUAAGAAUAUAUUGAAAUAGCAGUAUCAGAUAGCUGGAAGGGGCUGGUUUUCCAGCAUAGGGGUUGCAUUAGGGACUAUAAUAAUAGAAAACAGAAUAUUACAACAUGUUAUGCAGGGCCUUACACUUGGCAGGCUCUUGUAAACAUGGUAAUGAACCUUUGGAUUCCACAGAAGUCAGGGAGUUUCUUGACUUACUGACAAAUUCCCAAGAAGGACUACUCCAUGGAGUUAGUUUAUAGAUCUUAAAAAAAGUAUGAAACUUUUUUCAUGCUGUUUAUAAAAUUUAAAACCACCUUGGCACCAGUGAAAAUGUAUGUUGUUGUUGUAGUUUUAUACAGUAGUUAAUCAACCGUUGGAGCUAGUGAUAUGAAAUUUUGUAUUUAGAUAGAUUAUAAUUACAGCUAUAAAUUGUGUGUGAAA